AUGUGGGCAGUCGACAGCGGUACGACGCAUCACAUCUGCAACGACAAGGCCAAGUUCACAAGCCUGAAUGAGCGAGAUGAAGGUGAUCUAUCGCUGGCUGAUGGCAGAAAAACCGCGAUCAAGGGUGUGGGAUCCAUAGGGGAACGGGUGGUUCUGCCUAGUGGCAACGAACGCAACAUCGAGAUCAAAGACGCACUGUUUGUACCAAGUAUGAGCAAGAAUCUUCUUUCGGUACCGCAGAUCAACAAGGGUGGCAGGUUACAAGUUUUGUUUGAUGGGUCCAAGAUGCAAGUAACGCGCAAGAAUAACAAGCAAGUCGUGGUGACAGGGGAUCUCGUCGAUGGACUUUACUGGCUGCGGAUUUCUAACGAUCGGCUAAUGCAGCGACACACAAUGGGGCCAUCGACUUACACGCGCGCAUGGGUCAUGCGCACCUCGAUGUUCUGCGCAAGAUGGUGGCCACCGGCAUGA